AUGGCUGAAACCGCACAGCGACAUCCGAAUCUGAACCUCACGGCCGAGGAAAAGCGCGUCUUUUACCAACUAUUCCAGGCCGCUGACACAACGAACCUCGGCGUUAUUACUGGAGAAAUCGCAGUUCCAUUCUUCGAGAAAACACAUCUUCCUGGAGGUGUCCUUGGAGAGAUUUGGCAAAUUGCGGACAGGGAGAACAGGGGUCUCCUGACCCCAGCUGGAUUUGGAGUUGUUCUUCGAUUGAUUGGACAUGCUCAAGCUGGACGUACACUAUCCGCAGAGUUAGCAUUGCAGCCUGGCCCGCUGCCCCGAUUCGAUGGAAUCUCAGUCGACACAACAGCUCCUGCCCCGGAGCCGAGCCCUGCUAGUCCUCCACCAGGUGCAUCUGGCCCCAUCCGUGUCCCUCCGUUGCAACCCGAUGAUGUCAACAAAUUCGUUUCGCUCUUCGACAAGUCCGAAGUCGUGAAUGGAAUCAUGUCAGGUGAUAUUGCAAAGCAAAUAUUUGAACGCGCAAGAUUGCCAAAUGAGGUUUUGGGUCGGAUAUGGAAUCUUUCCGACACUCAGCAGCGCGGUGCUCUCGAUGCCACCGAAUUCGUCAUUGCUAUGCAUCUUCUGACAUCGUUCAAGUCCGGUGUAUUGCGUGGUAUUCCUCAGACCCUACCGGCUGGACUGUACGAGGCUGCAUCUCGCAGGGCCCCUGCAAGGUCAUCUUUUGGUGCUCGGCCUGAAGUCCCACCCGUUCCCUCAAUCCCAAGGCAAUUUACUGGCUCCCAGCGAACUGCGAGCCCCAUGAACGCCGCUCCUUCCAUCCCGCAGUUCGGAGGCCAACUGUCUGCUCAGACAACAGGUGGAGACUGGCUCAUUACCCCACAGGAGAAGGUACACUUUGAUGGGAUAUUCGAGACAGUUGAUACCGCCAAGCGCGGACUCAUCACUGGUGAUCAAGCGGUUGGAUUCUUCAUGAAGGCGCAACUACCAGAGGAGGUCCUUGCCCAAAUUUGGGACCUUGCUGAUAUUGAUGCGGAUGGGCAGUUGACUCGGGAGGAGUUUGCUGUAGCUAUGUACCUGGUGAGGUUGCAGCGUGGUGGCAAGGAACCUGUACCUCAAGUGCUUCCUCUUGCUCUGAUUCCGCCUAAUAUGCGACGCCAAGCCCCUGCGCCAGCUCAAAUGGCAGCCCCUGCGCCCCCUCCCCCAGCUCCUGCGCCCGUACCGCGAUCUGCUGCCGAUGAUCUGUUCGGUUUGGAUUCGCCCCCAGCGCCCGCUCCUGCUCAGCUCCAGAUGCCUCAGUCCACCGGCGGCUCUGCAGGCGCAUGGCACACACCUACCUCCCCAGCAUCUAGGGCCUCCCCGCCAACGGCAUCUACCACUUUCAAGCCAUUUGUACCGACAUCAACCUUUGGCCAAAGUUUGCAACCGCAAUUAACUGGAGCGUCCUCUGGACACCCAGGUUCAAUUCGCUCACCUCCACCCCCAUCCGAUGAUCUGCUGGGAGAUAACGACCCAGAGGAAACCAAGAAACUGACACAGGAGACCACCGAGCUUGCGAACUUGUCAAACCAAAUUGGAUCCCUGUCCAAGGAAAUGCACAAUGUCCAACAGAAGCGUACGUCUGCUGAACAUGAGAUCACUCAGAGUUCACAGCAGAAGCGGGAUUUCGAGGCCCGGCUUGCACAGGCACGUACUAUGUACGAACAGGAAUUGGCAAGCUUCAAGGCCCUAGAAGAACGUUUGAAGACAUCCAAGGCAGAGACUAUCAAGUUAUCUCAAGAAUACGCUCUGAUUGAGGGUAGCCGCCAGGAUUUGGCGAACCAGUAUAACCAGGUCUCAACCGCACUGGCUUCUGAUCAACAAGAGAAUGCUAGUCUGAAGGAGAAGAUCCGCUAUGCGAAUGCAGAGGUCGCACAGCUUAAACCUGCCCUUGAAAAGGCACGUUCCGAUGCUAGACAGCAGAAGGGACUGGUUGCAAUCAACAAGAAGCAGCUAGCAACCGUGGAGGGUGAACGCGACAAGGCUCAAGGUGAAAUUGACGAUUUGGCCAGAGAUACUCCCCAGUAUACUGAGGAUGUCACACCUGUCAGCAGUGCUGCCGAGCUUGCUAGCCCUGCUGCUUCCACGACCAGUCAAAACACCAAUCCCUUCUUCCGUCGGACCGUGACAGGUAGCGAAAGCGACCGAGCUCGUUCGCCUGACUCUACCAAUGAUCAGCAAAAAGCGUUUGACAGCCUGUUUGGACAGACGUUUGCCAGUCCCAUAAGUGCUGGCCCUCCACCAACCUCUUUCCGUGCAGAGUCUCCGCUGGCGACCGCCAAAUCACCGGUUACGUCCAAUGUUCCAACUCCCUCUGCGUCUCCCGCUCCUGGAUCUAUGCCUGGAUCUCUUCCGGGGGCUUUCCCUGAGCCCCCACCCCCAAGUAUCUCUCGUCAACUUACCCCGAACUUUUUGCCAUUCAACGAGAACCAGUCCGUGACCUCGUCCACUAUGGUGUCCCCACCUGCUAGCAGAUUUGGUCAAGAUAACUCGGGGUUUGGGACCCCCUCCCAGGCGACGACUAGUGAAGUGGGCGGUGCUCCCUCGGUGACAGAGUCCAGUGACUAUAGCUUUGCGGCCGGUUCGACUGCCGAAGGAACCCCGGCUCGUUCUCCAUUUGAGGAGUUGCCGCCAGCUACUGAGGCUGCUGCUACCGUCGCUGAACCAUCUGCCACCUCUCCACUCAGUCCGGACAGCCAGGAGGCACCCAAGGACCUGUCUUUUGAUGAACUGUUCGGUAGUAAGGCGCACAAGCGAUCGGAGUCUCAGAAAGGGAACGAUUUCGAGGAGGCUUUCGCAUCUAUGAAACCCGCCGGUGGACCGGCUGGUGGACCAGCAAAUGCUGCUGCGACCGGCUCAGAAUUCCCUCCCAUCCAGGAACUUCAUCACGAUGAAGAAGGUGACGAGGAAAGCUCAGAUGAGGAGGGCCCUUUUGGAUUUGAUGACAACUUUGCCCCUGCCCCAGUUGCAGGCACCCAGAAGGGACAGCCAGCUGAUUCUAUCGACGUUGCUCAGCUUGCCGCGUUCCCGUCCCCGGGAACGGCUGUAGCUUCGGGCCAGCCUGAACUUGUGGAUCCCCCCGCUGCGGAUGCACAGUCCAGCCCUCCCCAGUAUGAAAAUGACACCUCUCACGAGGCCCCUGAAUUCAAUGGUUUGCUGCCCGUCCGGUCGGAUCCGACUGCUGCCCCGGAUGCCCCCCACUCCGUCGAGUCUGCCACCGGCGCACCGAUCAUCGACAACGAGCCCCAGCGGGAAGCCGACUCCCCUGCUGCAUUUGCCCCAGCCCCGGAGGCUAGCGCUGCUAGUGACUUGAAGUCUACCACUACCGACUUUGAUGCCGCUUUUGCCGGACUUAACCUGGCCCCCGCCCAGGAAGCAGAGGACGAUGAUGACGAACCGGAAGGCCAAAAUAAGAAUACUGACUUUGACUUUUCCUUUGACUCUCCGUCUCAGCCCAAACAUGAAAACGCAUCCAAUACCGAUCUCGGUCACAGUGGCUCAUCCGAAUUCUUCGAUUUUGACAACAAUGCCCAUGAAACUGCGCAGCCUACUGCCUCUGCCAAUGGAGGUGGUGCUUCAAACCAUGACUGGGACACCCUCUUCGCACCUCUUGAUAAUGCGAAGCCUGCUGCCGAAGAAGGUACCAGCACCUUUGAUCCUAAGAAGCCUGGCUGGGCCCUGGAUACCGAUACAGGCGAAGAUGACCUUAUCCUGCAGCGUUUGACCGGAAUGGGAUUCCCUCGGGAUGAUUCCCUUGUAGCGCUGGAGAAGUUUGACUACAACCUUGACAAGGCCGCCGACUACUUGACCUCCAAGUAG